UUUUACUAUACUAAUAUCGCCAAUCGCUACUCGCAAGUGUCGAGCAUGAAACGAUAAGUGGAAAAUCCGUUCCGCUCGUAUUUUGAUGACCGCUUAUUGUAUUUACAGUUGUUAAGAUAUCCGACAAUUUUAUUAAUUGUUCAGAAUCCAGUGUUGUCGUCCGUUCGUCGUUUAAUUGUAUUGUCUGUCGUCGUCCAUUGUACCGCGCGCGCCCGACCCAAACCACCACUGUUGUCGAUGUAAACUGGCUCUAUCGAAAUGGGGACGUGUUGAGCUAAGUUAAAACGUCUUGGAUUAUCGCUAACCUUAAAUGUUUGAAAAUCCAUAAUUUGUCUACAAUGGAAUGCACCAGUAUCGGCAUCGUUUCAUAUCAAAUUAGUCUUUUUCAUAAAAUAAACACUGUGAAUUAUUGAAAUAAAGGUUAAGAUUACAUACGGCAAUAUUUCUACUGGCUCUGCUAUGUGGCAUCAAUGCUGCACAAAGUGGAGUUAAAUUUUUAUAAUUUGCAAAUUCAGCAUGUCACAUAGAACUAAACGUCAACCUAUAUCAAAAGAUGAUUGUCCAUUACCGACUAAAAGGAGGAAAGGGCGCCCUUCGACGCUUCAGGAAGAAGAAGAAGCGUCCUCCAUGGAUACUUUAAGUGGCUUGCGAUCAGAUUUAAGAAUACCUUCUUCCAUUUAUAACACUCGUAUCACUACAGAUGCACCAGCUGAACUAUUUCGUAAAGACUUGAUUAGUGCCAUGAAGCUUCCAGAUUCUGAACAGCUAUCUACGGAUGCUUAUUGGAUUAUAAGUGAUCAAUGGAAGCAAGAAUGGGAACGUGGUGUACAAGUGCCUGUUAACCCUGAUUCAUUACCAGGUUCUAGUGUUCACGAGGUACCAGUUGUUUGUUUGCCUUCUAUUACUAAAUCACCAAGAAGAUCUCCUUCAUCAAUUUAUCACGAAUUCAAACUUCCAAAACACAAAUAUAUCAGAAUAACUAAAGAUGAACACUUUAAACCUGAUGAGCACCAAUUGUCUUUAUUACCUUUAAAAGCUGAAAAAUCAUGUUCAUAUGAUAUGGAUGAUGUAGAUACAGCAUGGUUAAAAUUAUGCAAUGGAGAACGUGCCUUAGGAGGUUUACCUAAAAUUAAAGAUGAUCAAUUUGAACGUGUGAUAGAAGAAUUAGAAAUGCGUUGUUGGGAAAAAGUUCAAGCCAUUAUUAAAGAAGAAGAAGGAUUAGGAAUUGAGUAUGAUGAAAAUGUUAUUUGUGAUGUUUGUCGUUCGCCUGAUUCUGAAGAUGGUAAUGAAAUGGUAUUUUGUGACAAUUGUAAUAUCUGUGUUCAUCAAGCUUGUUAUGGUAUAACAACUAUCCCAUCUGGUUCAUGGCUUUGUCGAACUUGUACAUUACGAUUUCGACCUGAAUGUGUACUGUGUCCCAACAAAAAUGGUGCAAUGAAAUGCACUCGUUCUGGGCAUAAAUGGGCACAUGUAUCAUGUGCUUUAUGGAUACCAGAAGUUAGUAUUGGUUGUGUGGAAAAAAUGGAGCCAAUUACAAAAAUAUCGAGCAUACCACCAAGUCGUUGGGCUCUUAUAUGUGUAUUAUGUCGAGAACGAGUUGGUGCUUGUAUACAGUGCUCAGUAAAAACUUGCAAGACUGCUUAUCAUGUUACUUGUGCAUUUAAACAUGGACUUGAAAUGAGAGCUAUUAUUGAAGAUGAAAGUGCUGAAGAUGGUGUCAAACUACGUUCUUACUGUCAAAAACAUAGUGUUAAUAGUAAAAAAGAUAGAAACUCAGGUUCUGAAGAUGAAGAUUCUACUAAAAAAAAACGUAAAGAUAUGACAUCUGAAGAAAAAAAUCAAGCUAGAGCUGCAAAGUUACAAGAAAUAGAAGGAGAAUUUGAAAAGCACGUUAGUGUUAGUGAUGUUACCCAAUGUCAUGAUGUUGAUAAUGAUGGUAUCUUGUAUAUUUAUAAUUAUUGGGUAUUAAAAAGGAGAUCUGGUCACAAUCGACCUUUGCUGUUACCAAAAUCAGAUGAUGGUGAUCUUCUUGGGCGGCAACAAGAACAAGCAGAUUUAGAAAAACUUAAAAUGUUUGUUCAACUUAGGCAAGACUUAGAAAGGGUACGAAACUUAUGCUAUAUGGUUAGUAGACGAGAAAAACUUUCUCGAAAUUUAUUAAGUUUACGUGAGCAAACGUUCCAUAAACAAGUGGCAGUUCUUUCAGAUUCUAAGUUGAAUCUCAGCUCAGCAGAAGUAUCUGCAGUUCAAGAAGCUAACCACGGUCCUUCAAUUUAUGAUCGACUAUAUUCAUACCCAGAUGCACCAGAUUUGAGUACUGAUUUUGAAACAAUGCUGUCUCGUAUUGCUGGAGCGGCUUCACCUGAAAAAUCCAGCUUUAGUGGUUUAAAAUGGCCACCAAAAGAUAACCCAUAUAAGAAGCCAUAUAAAAAUGGAGCAAUUCGAUACUCUAGUAUGUCUAGUAUUACAGAUCUUGAUAUUAAAGAAACUCGCUUGCAUAGUAGUGAACAGUCAAGUAUGGAUGAAAAUAAAAUAAUUAAAUCUGUGAUGAACAAACACAAGAUAAAAGAAAAGAGACUUAAUAAAAAGCGUUCAAAAACAAAACUUUCAACGGAUUCAUCAACAGAAGAAGAAAACGAUAAAGCUAAAUCAAAAUGGAGCACACCAAAUAAGAAACUUAUUCAAAUUGAAAAACAAUUUGGUAGUGAUGAUAGUGGAGAUAUUACCCUACCCAAAAUUUCUUCCAAACGAGCUACAAAAGUUAACAAUAUUUAUUCAGAUUCUGAUUCUGAAUUAUCCAGUAAAGAAUCAUAUAUGCGCACAAAAGCAGCUGUUAAAGAAUUUUCACAAGGUAAAUCUAAAAAUAAAAUAGUUAAAGAGAAAUCUUCAUCUUCAAAAACUAGAGAAACACUUCAAGAAAAAGAUGUUAAAAAAACUAAAAAAGAUGAUAUAAAAAAUAAUCCUACUGUGCCUUCAGAACUUAUUGUUCCUCAAAGACAAGCAGCUAAAAAGGCAACUGAAAGUAUACAUAGAGUGCAUAGCAAGCAUGAUGAAAUUUUGGGUGAUAAGAAAUCUCCAGAGAGAGUUGUACCAAAAUCACCUGAAAAACUUGCUUCAAAAAUUAACAAAACUAAAACUAUAGAGAAAUUGAAUUCAGUGGAAAAAGAAUCAGAUCCACAAGACUUAUUUGGUUUUGUUCCUCAAAGACAAGCAGCUAAAAAAGCUAUUCAAGGUAUUAAAAGUGGUAUGACUAAACCUGUUGAAGAAGCUAAAGUACCUGAACCAGUGAAAAAAGAAGAACCUACUAAAUCAAGGCGGAAUACUAAAUCUUCUUUGUCUUCAACAUCAAGUAGUAGUUCUUCUAGUAGUUCAUCAUCAACUUCAAGUUCAUCUUCGACUUCUUCAUCUUCUGGUUCAUCUAGUUCUGACACUGACUCAGAACCUGAAAAGAAAUCUAAAUCCAUAGAUCGUGUAAUUCCUCUUAAAGAAGUUACUAAAACAAAGAGUCCUCCUAAAACUAAAAGUUGGCUAUCAGAAAAUAAACCAAUUAAAAUUAGUUCCUCCUCUAGUAGUGAGUCUGAGAAAGAUCAAAAAGUAAUCAGGGCGCCAGAUAAGAAGCUUAAAACUUCCGACAGGCGGCCUGAACACAGGUUUCAGGAUCCGCCACUUAAGAGAGAGGAAUCGAGAAGAAAAUCGAUUGGAAGUAAUCGAUGCGAUACUGUUCAAAUCAUCACAUGUAGAGAUACUAGUAUCGGGAAUGAUGGAGAUAGAAAACCGAGCAAUAGUGACAACGUUGGAACAUCAACUAGUCAGUCGAGUGGAACUAAACUUGAAACGAAACAGCCCACACAUGGAAUUGAGGACAAAGAGGUUGAAAAGAAAUUAAAAUCUAAUGAUGGUGAACAAAGAAUUCUUAAAGAAGAUCAUGGUUUAAAUAAAAAUAUUCAAGAUGUCAAAAAUAAAACUCAACUUUUAGUACAACAUACAUCAGAUAAAGAAAAUAAAAAAAAUGAUGAAUUGAAUUUAUAUCUACCUAGCGGACAUAGGUUAAAUGAUCUCAAAGAUGAACAUUUGUUGGCUGCUUCAUUUUUAACCCGACAAGAUAUUGAAAGAGAAUUGGUUAAUAACUUAGAUUUUGAAAAUAAAAAAUUUGUAAAAACACCUUUUAACAAUCAUUUUUCUGGAAGUCAGAGGUCAAUAUUUUCUCCUCAACACUGUAAUAAAGAUAUCCCUGACUUUGAUUUUGAUAAUGAUAUGUUGGCUGUUGAACAAGCAGCCAACGAAGAAGGUUUUGGAUUAACACGUGAUAAUGAUGUUAGAAAUGCUCCAUUAUCUUUCACUUUUAAUAACGAAUUCUUAUUCAAGGACGAUUCUAAAGAAGUAACAGCUAGAGAAACAUUAAAUCUUGUUGAAAAAUUACGUUUAGAAAUAACCAAAAAAUCUGUACCCAUAGAAAAUGAAAAUUCAGAAAAUAUUGAUAUUGAUGAAACAUCAAAACUUAUUGAUCCACCUAAGCCUUCUGAACCAGAUAUUAAAGCAGAUAGUACUUUGUUUAACACAUAUAAUAAAUUUCAACAGCAAUCUAAUGAAAUAGUUGAUAUGAAUAAAGUUCCAGAGCGGGACAAAUUAGAUAGAAGUGAAACUGCUCUUUCUGAUGAACGCUGGGUUCCACCCAGUCAAAGUAGUCGGUUAGAAUCUCCUUAUCGAGAUAUCAAUGAUGCCAAUCGAUGGUCUGACAGUGUUGUAUUGCCAUCUAGACGUUCAGAUACUUCUAAUGAACCAUCUCCUGAACAUAGAGAAGUUUCUACUGAUACUUCAUUUCAGCAAUCGAUACAUCCUUAUCCUACAACAGCUCCUAUGCAAAUAGACUCUAUAUCAUACUCGCAAUAUUCAGAUCCAUCAUUUAUUUUAAAUGCUACUGCUUCCAAUCAACUACCAUUUAUGCCACCUCGAACUUUUAAUACUCAACAAUUUACUUUACCUACAUCAUUUCCGGGACAUUCUACAAUUAUAUCAGAAAUUAAUAAACCAUUGCAUUUACAAACACCUUGUACUGCAGCAUUCACUUCUUCUACUCAAAAUAUGGCUUUUACAGCUGCUAUGAUCUCUCCCAUGACUCAUUCAGAUAAUUUUAUUCCACCUUUCAAUGAUAUUAAUGUUUAUAAUGAUAAUAAUCUCUUAAUGUGUACCAACAGUAAUAAUAUGUCUCUUCCAACAGAAGUUCAUAAUGUGCUUAAUGCAAUUAGUCAAGCAUCUAAUUUGGAAAAUCAAAUGCCCAAUACUCCUAAUGUAAAUGCAAAACUAUCUGGUGGAAUUCUAAUUCCCAAUAGCUCAAGUAUUAGUUCUUGCAUUCAAAAUCAAGUUGCUGACUUUCCAUCUACAUCUAAUCUCCAAGUACCUGUAUCUUCUCUUAACCAUACUGAAAGUUCUUCUUUGUCAUCUAUAUCAAUUAAUCAAGAACACCCCAAUCAUCUUAAAAAUAAAACCUGUGAAGCACCACUACCAAUAUCAACAACUAUAGAUCAUCCUUCUAAAUCACUUAAUAAUACACCCAUACAAAAUUUGAGCUCACCUUCCAAUCAGUUGGAUGAUGGUAAAAAUGUUAAUAAUCAAAUACCAGUUCAAGCACCAAUAAGUCUCACACAAAUAUCUAAUCAAGUAACACCAAGUGUACCUACUCCUAAACAAUCACCAGCACUUCCAACAACUCCUUUACCUGAACAAUCUCCUCUAUCUAUACUUGCUUCAUCUCCUUCAAUAACUAGUUCUCCUCAUCCUAAUCGUACACCCUCAGGUAAAAAAUCUCCGACAAAACCUACUCGAACAUCAAGUCGUGUUACAGCACAAUCCUAUAAGUCUCCAGAAGUUAUAGAUCGGUCACCUGAGGUAAAAAAACAUGGUAAACGUGGACCAAAAACUCAACCAAAAACAUCUGGAAGAGGCCGAGGCCGUGGACGUGGACGUUCAUCAAAUAACCAUGCUGAUUACAACCCAGCAGUUAGUAAACUUGCAGGAACUGCAUAUGAUCUUGAUUUUGUUGAAGAAUUUGGCAAUGAAAGUAGUGUCAUGGAAAAUCUUCGUGCUAUGCGAGAACGUAAAAAAUCAGAUGUAAAAUCAGAAAGUAAAUCACCUGUAUCCCCUAAAGUUCAAAGUAGUCCUAACAAUUAUAGAAGAAAACAUACCAGUGUAAAAGAAUUAAAACCUCCUUCUCCAAUUAUUGAAAAUAAAAUGAAUGAUCCACCUACUCAAACUAAAAUGGAAGAACUACUGCCUAUGCUUCCCGGACCAGUUGAUAUGAGAACUUAUAAUUCUUACGAUAAUACAACUACUUAUGCUGAAAGUAUGUUUACAACUACCACCAAUGCUGUUGAAGACAAAAGAUCAAAUAUUGACAACACAUAUAAAGGAGAUAAGUUACAGAGACUAGAAAGUAUAAAAAUGGAAGAUAAAGACAUUGAAGAACCCAUAAAAAUAUCUAAUAUUAUAGAAAAAGAAUCUAUCGCAUCAAGUAUGGUGUUACAGAAUGAAUCAAGGAACCAAUUAAAAGUUAAAAUUAAAGGACCUUUCCUAAAUGCCAAGUAUAAUAAUGUUCAAAACCAACCUAUAUUACCAACUAUAGAUACUUCAGCUAUAAGUAUGAGUAUACCAAGUCAUUCAGCUGCUCCUUCUGAAUCUGCAAGUGUACCAUCAAACUUUAGACAAAUGAGAAAGAAAGAACUACUCAGACAAUAUUGUAACCAACAAGAUAAUAUUGAACAGUCUACUAACCAUCCUAUUGCACCUCCCUUAAAUCGAAAUGUUAUCACAAUCCCUAAAGCAGUAGCAUCUAUGACUACUAUUCCUACCAAAGAAGACUACAAAGCAGUAGUAGAUGCUAAUAUGGAAAAGAAACGUAUAAAAUAUAAUUUUGAUGACCCCAAAUCUAAUUACAUUAACAACGUACGGAAAGGUGAAGCUAUUACACCUAAGCUUAAAAUUAAAAUUGGUGGUGAACAACCUAUGGUAACAACAAUGGAAGAAAAACGCAGUCUUCGACCACCGAAAAAACGAAUUUGUGAUUCUCAAAAUGAUGAGUCUAAUCAUCUUAUAGCUCCAACAAUGGAACAACUGAGACGUGACAGUAUGAAGUACAGACGCAAAGUAUUUGCUAGAUUUGAAGAAGAUGACGCACUAGCAUCAACAUCUUCGGUUAUUACACCUACUAGUUCUAAAAGUAAAAAGAAACGAAAGUCAAGCCCAUCAACAUCAAGAAAAAAGAAACCACGUUCCAAUAAAGAGAUAUCGCAGGUUCAGGUAAUUGAAGCAAAAGAAAGCACACCAAAGCUGAUAAUUAGGUUUUCAAAAACUGCUCCCGACACUGAAAAUGAAGUGAGUGAAACGUUAGAGCCUCAAAAAACCUCCCCAAUUAAACUAAAAUUAUCGAGGUGUAAAGAAGGGUAUGUAAUGAAACCUCCUAGUAGUCAAUCCUCCACCGAUACUUCAUUAAAUAAUAACUGUGAAGUUCGGUGACGACUGUAAAAAGAGUUAUUAAAUAAAAUUCAAAUAUAUUAUUUUCGUUAGAUCAAUUUUAUCAUCGAUAUAUGUUUUGUGUAAAAAAUAAAAUAGAUUUUUAUUUAUUUAUUUUUAGUGUAAACAUUUAAAUUUAUUUAAAAAAAUAAUUUUAAUUCUAUAUAUAAAUGUAUGUUUAUAAUAAUUAAAUUGUUAUUUUCCUCAGUUUUGUUAAAUUAACUAAUAAUAAAACAAAUAUUCUACAAAUACUCCAAAUUAUAAUAUAAUUGUGUUAAGGCCAGCAGAUGUCAAUUAAUUUUAAUUUUGUUAUCUAGUUUAAGUUAAGAUAAUUUUGUGUUAAUGUGCAAUAUGCAAAUGUAAAGUAUUUUUAUUUUUUUUUUUAAAUUAUUUGUUGACCUUUUCAUUAAAAUCGAACAAUUUUUCUUUUUUGUACUUGUUAUAUUACCAAUUAUUUUUAAAGUUUACGUUAUUAUAAGCCUUGGGUUGUUUUUUAGCUGUGAUUGUUUUAAUUUGUUUUUGAAGGUAUAACAAAAAUGAUUCUGAAAAAAAUGCUUGUAAUAGGUAGAUUUUAAUUAUCCUAUAUUCUUCUCACAUGUUGCUUUUUUAUACUUAAUUAUUAUAGUCAAAACACAGAUUUAGAAUUAAGUACAUUUAAUACUAUUGACUAAUUGUCAAAUUUUAAAGAUCUCAAUUUUCACUUUUGCUAGACUUUAAGAUUUUGUAAUAGAAUCUAAAUAAUAAAAAUUUAUUUUGAUAGGGCUAUUUUGUUAAAAACGGAAGUUUUAAACUAUUGGUAGAGUACAAUAUUCGAUUUUAAUUUGUAAAUGUUUGUCCUUUGAUACAUAUUUGUUUAUGUACAAAUUUUAAUUAUGUAUACACAAUUUAAAAAAAGCGUUUUGAUUCUAAAUAAUUAAUUGAAGUCUAUAUUUUAAUUAAAAUAAUAGACAAUCGUAAAAAAUUAAGGAGGACACACAUUGUUGUUAAAAAUUGUCAUAAAUACAUUUUUUUUU